AAUCAAAAACUGAAUUGUGGUGCCAAAUUCAACAACAUAGAAGAUGGAAGAUGCAAGUUUCAACCUUCCUCCUGGCUUUUUCUUCUCCCCAACUGAUGAAGAACUUGUUCUUCACUUUCUCUACUGCAAGACUUCUCUUAUUCCAUGCCAUCCCAACAUCAUUCCAGACCUCGAUUCUCGCCUCCAUCCCUGGGAACUAAAUGGCUUUGUUUUAAGUGGGAAUCAGUACUAUUUCUUCACCAAAGUGAAUGAAAACAGAACAAUGGAAAAUGGGUGUUGGAAGGAAAUAGGUGUGACGGAACCUAUAUUUUCAACUUUUGACAAGAAAGUGGGAACGAAGAAGUACUUGGUAUUCCACAUUGGUGAAGAUCCACAUGUUACUGAAACCAACUGGGUAAUGCAAGAAUAUCAUAUAUGUUCUUCUGGGUUUGACACUGCGUCCUGUAGAAGUUCUAGGAGAAGACGAAAACAUGAUCAAAGUUGGAGCAAGUGGGUUUUGUGCAGAGUGUACGAGAAGAUGAGGUCUGAAGAAGGUGUAAAAUUCUAUAGCGAUGAUGAUGAGAGUGGAUCAGAGCUUUCAUGGUUGGAUGAAGUUUAUCUGUCGUUGGAUGAUGAUCUCGAAGAAAUUGGCAUGCCUAAUUAGAUUCAAUAUUAUUCUAUACUGAUGAUGUUAAUAUAUAUAAACAUAUAUAUAUAUAUAUAUAUAUAUAUAUAAAAAGACUUGUACUUAAUUAUAGUGUUGAAUUGUUUGAAAUGAAGGUGUUCAAUGAUGGCCAUUUUUACAUGCAAGUUAUGGCACAAGUUAAUCACAAAGUUAACGUUGAAUGCGA